AAAACGACCAUAACAACAGCAACACAAAAUGGCCAAAAAUAAUAUUGACACCCUAGUCAGUGAAUGGGAUGAACUCAAUCGUGAGUUUCAAGAUCUAGAGGAAUGCAAUCGUAAAUAUAUUGAACUAUUGGAACAGCUACAUUCCCACCAACACAAAUGUUUCAAUGAAAUCAAACAUCAGCGAUAUCGCAUGAAUCAAAUCAGCGCAUCUCUAAGACAAUUUAGAAAUACCCAAUCAGAAGAGGAAAAACAAAAAGUUGCCGAACUUCAAAAAAAUACUCUUAAACGUAAAGCACAAUUGCAUGAAAUUGAACAGUCAUUACCCACAAAAUCUGGACGUUAUCUAAGGAUAAUUCUUGGUGAUGUAAAUGUUUCGAUAUUGAACAGAAAUGACAAAGUCCGUUACAAAGAUGAAUAUGAAAAAUUCAAAUUGAUACUCAAUGUCAUUGGACUGUUAUUGGCAUUUUUAAAUUUAAUAUUUAAUUACAGGGCUUUGGAAUUAUCAUAUAUAUUCUUAUUGGUUUGGUAUUAUUGUACAUUGACUAUUCGCGAAUCGAUAUUAAAAGUAAAUGGCUCACGUAUUAAGGGCUGGUGGCGGGCCCACCACUUUAUUUCGACAGUGGCAGCUGGUGUAUUAUUGGUGUGGCCACAAGGAGAACAUUGGCAGCUAUUCCGUAACCAAUUUAUGUACUUUAAUGCAUAUAUCAGUAUUGUCCAAUAUCUCCAAUUUGGUUACCAAAAGGGUCUAUUGUAUCGUCUAAAGGCAUUGGGUGAACGUCAUAAUAUGGAUAUUACCAUUGAAGGUUUCCAUUCGUGGAUGUGGCGUGGACUGAGUUUUCUAUUGCCCUUUCUCUUUAUUGGUUAUGCCUUCCAGGCCUAUAAUGCAUGGACAUUGUAUAAAUUGUCAUUCAAUCCACCAGAUGCACCAUGGCAUGUCUCGGUUAUGAGCGGUUUGUUCACAUUAUUGUUUAUUGGUAACAUGACAACAACAUUGUUGGUGGUACCCGAAAAGAUUCGUGAACGUGCCAAGGAACGUUAUCGUCUAUUGAGUAUGGGCAAAUCGAUGAAAUUGAGAAAACAAAUGAAGAAUAGCAUGAGUGAAUCCGAUGUUUCAGCACAAACUAGCCCAGCAUCAUCACCCGUGACAGAAAAUUCCAGCAAACCAAUAAAUUCUCAAGAGGAUAAAAAAGACAACUAG